ACGGGGACGCUUGGGCUGUCGCCCCUACCUAGAGGGCCGGGUGCCCAAGAGUCAGGGGGAAACCCCUCCCGCGAGCCCUCGGCGAGGCAGUUCCCCCCACGGCCCCCCGGGGGCGCUGCGGGAGAGGGGGGUGGGCCCUGGAGUCGCGGCUCUCGGGCGCCCACUCUCUCGGCACUCACUCAGCCGGAGGUUUUCCGGCCAGCUGUGUGCCGCCGCUCCCGGAGCUCCAGGCGCUCCCCCUGUGCGCCCGCGGUCCCGCUCCGGGCCCCGGGGCUCCAGACGCCGCCACCCGACGGUGACAUGGGCGUCCCCCUGGUCCCGGAGGCCGGCGGCCUGCGCUGGGGGCCUGUGCUCCUCGCUCUCUUCCUGGCUGCCUCCCGAGGUCUGGUGGCAGCCUUCAAGGUCGCCACGCCGUAUUCCCUGUAUGUGUGUUCUGAGGGGCAGAAUGUCACCCUCACCUGCAGGAUCCUGGGCCCCAUGGCCAAAGGGCACGACGUGACCUACUACAAGACCUGGUACCGCAGCUCGCGGGGCGAAGUGCAGGUGUGCACGGAGCGCCGCCCCAUCCGCAACCUCACGUUCCAGGACCUCCACCUGCACCACAGCGGCCACCAGGCCAACACCAGCCAGGACCUGGCCCAGCGCUACGGGCUGGAAUCGGUGUCCGACCACCAUGGCAACUUCUCCAUCACCAUGCGCCACCUGACCGCCCUGGACAGCGGCCUCUACUGCUGCCUGGUGGUGGAGAUCAGACACCACCACUCGGAGCAGAGGGUCCACGGUGCCAUGGAGCUGCAGGUGCAGACAGAUGAAGCGGCAUCAAGCCAGUGCAUCGCUUACCCGCCUUCACCCAGGGAGAGUGAAAGCAUCACGGCUGCCGCUCUGGCGACGGGCGCCUGCAUUGUGGGCAUCCUGUGCCUUCCCCUCAUCCUGCUCCUGGUCUACAAGCAAAGGCAGGUGGCCUCCAACCGCCGUGCCCAGGAGCUGGUGCGGAUGGACAGCAACAACGUGCAAGGAAUCGAAAACCCCGGCUUUGAGGUCUCCCCGUCUUCCCAGGGCGUGCCGGAGGCCAAACCCAGGUCUCCGCUGUCCUACAUGGCCCAGCGGCAGCCUUCAGAGUCCGGGCGGCACCUGCUGUCCGAGCCCUGCACUCCUCUGUCUCCACCAGGCCCUGGGGAUGUCUUCUUUCCAACCCUUGACCCCGUGCCUGACUCCCCAAACUCUGAGGCCAUCUAGACCAGCUGGGGCCAGUGGCAACUGUGGCUGGACCUGGGGCAGGUGCAUCUGAGGCAGAGCUGGCCCUCUGAGUGGUCCCUUAGCCUUGGCCCUGGUUUCCUGCCUCCUGCUCUGAGCCCAGACUCUGUGAGAUACCUCUGAUGGCCAGACCCUCAACUCCUCUGGG